UACUUUGGAUACGAUAAGAUAAAUGAUUCGUCAUGACUACUUUUAAUUACUGCGAUUUUGGUCGUCGAUUCAUUUGAACACGAGUGUUGCAGUGUUCAGUAUGUUAUCUUUUUUAAUUUCUGGGUUAAUUCCAGUCGCCUUAGUAUUAUUAUUUAAAUAUGUGAAUAAACGUUAUGAGCCACCGAUAUUUGGUAUAUAUCAGAUGAAGAAUAAGAAUUAUUGGUUUAAGUUUGUGUUUAUGUUCAUUUUAAUAAAGCUUCGACAGCUAUUCAACCACGUGAAACGUUUACUCGAGGUGGAGUCCGGGCGAAGCGCCGACGGCAUUGCGCACGUCCAUCAGCACGAUGUCGCUCUGGAGCAGAAGUAUUUCCUGGGAGAUAACCCACAUGCAAUAGACGCAGUUUACUUCAAUGGUGUAUCUGAGGAUGCAGUCUUUGUGUGUAACAUCGCAAGAAAACAAGGGUUUGUCUGUGACGCUUUGUUAAUGUUGAAGGUGAACGGAGAAGAAUUGCUUUUGCACCCGAAUUUGCCUGAGACGCGUAUGAAUCAGGAACGUAUUGAAGAAGGGGAAUAUAGAGUUCAAGGCAUUGAAAUCAAAACCUUCAUGCCGAUGAGGACUUGGAAGAUUUCCUAUAAUGGAGAACUGAAGUCAAGAAGUAAUCCAGACAAGAGAGUGAAUGUGAAACUAUCAUUGACGUGGAGCGCUCACUUCCCGCCAUUUAACUACGACACGCAGAUAUCAGCGUGGAGUCUGGCCCGCGACAUGGCGCGCGAGCAGUGGUCUGCCACCUACUUCAAACUAAUGAAAAAGUUACAUCAAACGCAUUAUGAACAAAUGGGGUUCAUCAAAGGUACCGUCACUCUGAAUGAUCAAGAGCACGCAAUGAGCAUUCCCUGUGUCAGAGAUCACAGCUUUGGUCCCUUCAGAGACUGGCGCACUUUCCACCGAUACGUUCUGCAUUUCAUUUUUCUAGAAAAUGGAGAUUCAAUAGCUGUAGGCGUAGUAUCACAACCAUCUAUUUUGUCACAUUUGACUAUCGGAUACGUGUGCCGCAAAUUAGACAACCAAAAAGUAUUUCCCGUCGACUCAUGCGACCUGCAACUGUAUCAACAUGGAGAAAAUAAAAUUAUGCCCAAAGACUAUGCGUUUAGUUUUAAUGCAGGUCGACAAUCCUACGUGGUCCGGGUAAGCUUUAAUGACGAAGAGGCGUUUUAUAUUGGAGAUGGAAAGUCUGCUAAAAUUUACGAAAGGUGGUGUGCCGUCGAAGUGAACGAUGUCAAGGGGCGGGCGUGUGUCGAAUGUCAAUAUAAAAACGUCUGAUCAAGAUUUGUAUUACGCAUGUACUUCUAAUAACUUUUUGAUGCAAUAUACAUUGCUAUCUCAGGUCAUCGUAAUACAUACCUGGGAUGGCACAACUUGUGUUCAGUUGGUCCAACCGGAAAACUCUUUCGUAUUGCGAUGUUUAAACAAACGUAGGUAUAUCACACCUUUCACCACGAGAGAUAGGAUCACGGAAGAAAGAUAUAGUACCACAUCCAAAAGUUAUUAGCAGUGCAAGCUCCAGUAUUAUUUGUAGCUUCAUGGUAUAACGUUGUCCACACUGGGUCAAUGAAAGUGUUAUUUCUUUUUAUAAUUCGUGUUAAAAGGAGAUAGAAACAAAUUCGUUUGCUUAAUGGACGUAGUGUUUCACAAGUCUUCAAAAGGAUUUUAAUUAUUGGUAACAUCACUAUAACUUACUAUUUACUCAAAAUCUAUUUGAAUUUACGGUUAUUAUUCGAAUGGAAGAUAUGUUUGCAGCAGAAUAUGAUGUUCAAGGGAUGAGUACGCUAUUUUAAAAUAAAAUAUUGUAUUUACUCAAUUAUGUUGUGA